ACAGGACAGUACACCCUGAGAUGGACGCCAUCUGAACAAGAAGAUGGAGAAAGCCACCCGAUCUGCUUUGUUGUCCAGGCAGUUUCCAAUUCGACCAAGUAUCACUCUGAGCUCCGAUGCGUCAUUCUGAGUGUUGGAUACGACCCAAGAGUGACCAUUUGUCCAACAACUACACCAGUAGUUACAACCACCAUAACUACACCAACCACACAAAGCACAACCAUCGCAAAAACUACCACAUUGACCAUGAAUACCAUCACUACCCCACCUACAACAACCAUACAGACAACAACCACAAAUCCCCCAACAACUACCCCAUUAACCACAACAAUGAUCACAACAGUAACUACCCCACUGACCACAACAACCAUCACUACGCCACCUACAACUAUACAAACAACAACCACAGGUCCCCUAACAACUACUUCAAUAACCACAACAACCGUUACAACAACUACCCUAUUAACCACAACAACCAUCACUACCCCACCUACAACAACUACACAAACAACAACCACAGGUCCCCUAACAACUACUUCAAUAACCACAACAACCGUUACAACAACUACCCCAUUAACCACAACAACCAUCAGUACGUCACCUACAACAACCAUACAGACAACGACCACGAAUCCCCCAACAACUACCCCAUUAACCACAACAACCAUCAGUACGCCACCUACAACAACCAUACAGACAACGACCACGAAUCCGCCAACAACUACCCCAUUAACAACAACAACCAUCAGUACGCCACCUACAACAACCAUACAGACAACGACCACGAGUCCCCCAACAACUACCCCAUUGACCACAACAAUGAUCACAACAGUAACUACCCCAUUGACCACAACAACCAUCACUACGCCACCUACAACUACACAAACACCAACCACAGGUCCCCUAACAACUACUUCAAUAACCACAACAACCGUUACAACAACUACCCCAUUAACCACAACAACCAUCAGUACGCCACCUACAACAACCAUACAGACAACAACCACGGAUCCCCCAACAACUACCCCAUUAACCACAUCAACCAUCAGUACGUCACCUACAACAACCACACAAACAACAACCACAGGUCCCAUAACAACUUCUUCAAUGACCACAACAACCAUCACUAUGCCACCUACAACAACCAUACAGACAACAACCACGAAUCCGCCAACAACUACCCCAUUAACCACAACAACCGUCAGUACGCCACCUACAACAACCAUACAGACAACAACCACGAAUCUGCCAACAACUACCCCAUUGACCACAACAACCAUCAUUACAUCACCUACAACAACUACACAAACAACAACUACAGGUCCCCUAACAACUACUUCAAUAACCACAACAACUAUCAGUACGCCACCUACAACAAACAUACAGACAACGACCACGGAUCCCCCAAUAACUACCCCAUUAACCACAACAACCAUCAAUACGCCACCUACAACAACCAUACAGACGACCACGAAUCCCCCAACAACUACCCCAUUAACCACAACAACCAUCAGUACGCCACCUACAACAACCAUACAGACAACAACCACGGAUCCCCCAACAACUACCCCAUUAACCACAUCAACCAUCAGUACGUCACCUACAACAACCACACAAACAACAACCACAGGUCCCAUAACAACUUCUUCAAUGACCACAACAACCAUCACUAUGCCACCUACAACAACCACGAAUCCGCCAACAACUACCCCCUUAACCACAACAACCAUCAGUACGCCACCUACAACAACCAUACAGACAACAACCACAGGUCCCCUAACAACUACUUCAGUAACCACAACAACUAUCAGUACGCCACCUACAACAAACAUACAGACAACGACCAUGGAUCCCCCAAUAACUACCCCAUUAACCACAACAACCAUCAAUACGCCACCUACAACAACCAUACAGACGACCACGAAUCCCCCAACAACUACCCCAUUAACCACAACAACCAUCAGUACGCCACCUACAACAACCAUACAGACAAUAACCACGAAUCUGCCAACAACUACCCCAUUGACCACAACAACCAUCAUUACAUCACCUACAACAACUACACAAACAACAACCACAGGUCCCCUAACAACGUCUUCAAUAACCACAACAACUAUCAGUACGCCACCUACAACAAACAUACAGACAACGACCACGGAUCCCCCAAUAACUACCCCAUUAACCACAACAACCAUCAAUACGCCACCUACAACAACCAUACAGACGACCACGAAUCCCCCAACAACUACCCCAUUAACCACAACAAUGAUCACAACAGUAACUACCCCAUUGACCACAACAACCAUCAGUACGCCACCUACAACAACCAUACAAACAACAACCACGAAUCCGCCAACAACUACCCCAUUAACCACAACAACCAUCAGUACGCCACUUACAACAACCAUACAGACAACGACCACGAAUCCGCCAACAACUACCCCAUUAACCACAACAACCAUCAGUACGCCACCUACAACAACCAUACAGACAACGACCACGAAUCCGCCAACAACUACCCCAUUAACCACAACAACCAUCAGUACGCCACCUACAACAAACAUACAGACAACGACCACGGAUCCCCCAACAACUACCCCAUUAACCACAACAACCAUCAAUACGCCACCUACAACAAACAUACAGACAACGACCACGGAUCCCCCAACAACUACCCCAUUAACCACAACAACCAUCAAUACGCCACCUACAACAACCAUACAGACGACCACGAAUCCCCCAACAACUACCCCAUUAACCACAACAACCAUCAGUACGCCACCUACAACAACCAUACAGACAACAACCACGAAUCCGCCAACAACUACCCCAUUAACCACAAUGAUCACAACAGUAACUACCCCAUUGACCACAACAACCAUCACUAUAUCACCUACAACAACCAUACAGACAACGACCACAAAUCCGCCAACAACUACCCCAUUAACCACAACAACCAUCAGUACGCCACCUACAACAACCAUACAGACAACAACCACAAAUCCGCCAACAACUACCCCAUUAACCACAACAACCAUCAGUACGCCACUUACAACAACCAUACAGACAACAACCACGAAUCCGCCAACAACUACCCCAUUAACCACCACAAUGAUCACAACAGUAACUACCCCAUUGACCACAACAACCAUCACUAUAUCACCUACAACAACCAUACAGACAACGACCACGAAUCCGCCAACAACUACCCCAUUAACCACAACAACCAUCAGUACGCCACCUACAACAACCAUACAGACAACGACCACGAAUCCGCCAACAACUACCCCAUUAACCACAACAACCAUCAGUACGCCACCUACAACAACCAUACAGACAACGACCACGAGUCCCCCAACAACUACCCCAUUGACCACAACAAUGAUCACAACAGUAACUACCCCAUUGACCACAACAACCAUCACUACGCCACCUACAACUACACAAACAACAACCACAGGUCCCCUAACAACUAGUUCAAUAACCACAACAACCUUUACAACAACUACCCCAUUAACCACAACAACCAUCAGUACGCCACCUACAACAACCAUACAGACAACGACCACGAAUCCCCCAACAACUACCCCAUUAACCACAACAACCAUCAGUACGC